CCGGGCCCCGCCCUCCUCCGGCCGCCGAGGGCUGGGGCGCGUCUCACGCUUUCGGCCUCUGCAGAGCGCGGCCCCGGGGCACAGGGAGCAGCCGCGCCCUGGAGCCCGGGCCUCCGUGACGGGCAGCCGGCCGCUCCCGGGGCAGGCCCGAGAGGGGCGCGCGGGGGGCGCAGGCCUGCACCCCUCCGGGCGCCGCCCCCUCCCUGCCUGCGCCCUGCCGGCCACGCCCGGGGAGCUGGCGGCGCGGGUGGGUCGCGGCGGCGGUAGUUCACAGCAAAUCUGUUUUAACUAAAGCAUGGAAUACAGAAAACAACAAAAAACUUCAGCUAAAGCUUUAGUCUCCUCUGAAAUUCUACAGGCAUGCGUCUGAGGAGCGGGACCUGCAGAAUUGUCAGCCAGUCUGAGAGGCCCUGUUCUUCAGUAGGGAAGUGGAACUGUGGUAGGCUGACGUGAGACGCCCGCUGGCAGGAGAACUCACAUGCACAUUAAAUUCCAGGCAUUAUUUGACGACUCCUUACUACUGAAUGUUCAAUUGAGGAAAUUGAAGGUCUUUCACACAGGAGAAAUAAAUCAAGAAGUUUUCCAGCAGCUGAGGCUCGCAUCCUUUGAGCUACCGUGCGUGGCCCUGGCUCCGGGGACCACCCUUCCGAGCAGGAUGUCGCUGAGAUCCCUGAAGUGGAGCCUCCUGCUGCUGUCACUCCUGAGUUUCCUCGUGAUGUGGUACCUCAGCCUGCCCCACUACAACGUGAUCGAGCGCGUCAACUGGAUGUACUUCUACGAGUAUGAGCCCAUUUACAGACAAGACUUCCACUUCACGCUUCGAGAGCAUUCAAACUGCUCUCUUCAAAACCCAUUUCUUGUCAUCCUGGUGACCUCACACCCCUCAGAUGUGAAAGCCAGGCAGGCUAUUAGAGUUACCUGGGGUGAAAAAAAGUCUUGGUGGGGAUAUGAGGUUCUUACGUUUUUCUUACUAGGCCGACAGGCUGAAAGGGAAGACAAAGUGUUGGCAUUGUCCUUAGAGGACGAACACCUUCUUUAUGGCGACAUAAUACGACAGGAUUUUUUAGACACAUAUAAUAACCUGACCUUGAAAACAAUUAUGGCAUUCAGGUGGGUAACUGAGUUUUGCCCCAAUGCCAAGUACAUCAUGAAGACAGACACUGAUGUUUUCAUCAACACUGGCAAUUUAGUGAAGUAUCUUUUAAAUUUAAACCAGUCAGAGAAAUUUUUCACAGGUUAUCCCCUCAUUGAUAAUUACUCCUAUAGAGGAUUUUACCAAAAAUCUCAUAUUUCAUACCAGGAGUAUCCCUUCAAGGUGUUCCCUCCCUACUGCAGUGGGCUGGGUUACAUAAUGUCCAGAGAUUUGGUGCCCAGGAUCUAUGAAAUGAUGAGUCACGUAAAACCCAUCAAGUUUGAAGAUGUUUAUGUUGGCAUCUGUUUGAAUUUAUUAAAAGUGGACAUUCAUAUUCCAGAAGACACAAACCUUUUCUUUUUAUAUAGGAUCCAUUUGGAUGUUUGUCAACUCAGACGUGUCAUUGCAGCCCAUGGCUUUUCUUCCAAGGAAAUUAUCACAUUUUGGCAGGUUAUGCUGAGGAACACCACGUGUCAUUAUUAAUUUGACAUUCUACCAAAAUCAUAGAGAAGGACAGGAUACUUUGUGGAAAGUCUUAAAGUUGGUACUGAAAAAUCUCCAAUGGGAAAUUCACGAGCAGUCGCCGUGCUGGCUGACGCUGAGCUGAGACUCAUGCAGAACUGGAGACUGGAGGCUUCCGCUUGUGGUUCAUUUUGACAGAAAUCAAGUCAGGCCCUUUAAAGAAUGUUCAGAGAAAUGAAAUAGAAAGGAAUUUGGGGGGUUUUGUUAAUAAAAGUAAUAGGACCAAACCAUUUGAACAUGUCCUUCUAUAGACUAGAACUUCUUAAAAGGGUUUUGUUGAGUUAUAAGCUUGCUAGUUCAUACAGCAAAGCAACGUGGAGUUCUAUUUAUUGAACAAUCUAGUCAGUUAAGGGGUUUGUGUAUGUCUUACAUGGAUUACCAAUUUUUAAAAAUAAUUCUGUGUAAAAAAACUCUUAAGUGAUACCAAGCAAAAUUUCAUCUGUUUUUGGUCAUUCAGAGAGUACCUCAAGAUGUUGCAGUAUUUCAGAGUUAUUAUUAUUUAAUAUUACUUAGAACUUUCUGGGUGUUUGAAUGUUAUGGUUGUUUCAAAACUGUAUAAACAGAAUAGUGAGUCACCCUGUACAUCUGAAUCUCUUUCCAGUUACUUCACUGGGGAAUUAGUUAUCGAUAGCUCCGUUAAUGCGAAGUCGUUGGUCAUUAUUGUGUAUCAGUAAUCUCUUGGACUUUGAUAAAUAUUUUGCCGUGGUAAUGUAGAGAAGAAUUAAAGCAAGAAGAUCUGUCUUGUUUUUAAAAAACAUAAUCCCUGGUGUUUGUAGAUGUCGCUUCGUCUGUCUCAUUUUUCUACCUGGAAGUUAGGAAUAAUACAGGAUGCCAGGCAGCGCGUCUCCUCUUGGAAAGGACUGAAGGGAAAAAGACAAGAGGACCUGGUGACCAGGAUAUCAUGAAAAGCGUGUCAGUUUCAGUCCCUGAGACGGAAAGAAAAGAGUAAAGAUUCGAGUCACAUUGUUAACCUGUUCCAUGUGUUUUCUCCUUCACGGUCAGUUUGAGAAUAAAGAGAAAAAAAACCAUUCUGCUGCUGCUGCUAUUAGUUUCACAUCAGGAGGAAAGCUCCGUUUGUGGUUUAAAAGCGAGUGUGAUCUGUUGCUGGACCCACUGGUGGGUCAGAGAGGACGCUCCUUGCCCCCAGGGGAUGUUCUGGGAUGGUGCAAUUUCCUCCUGUGGCUAUUGUGUCGGAUUACAUGAUGGCAAAAGAUCAGAUCCUUUGGCAGAAAAUAGAAACUUGAAAGUAUGUAGUCAGCUCUUGUGAUACUUAAAUAUUUAUAAUUUUCCCACAAGAAAAACUUAAUUUCACUUAGAACUAUUACAGUGUGUGACUCUGUAACAAGGCUCUAUCCAUUUCCCUGGUCUCAGACCUGAUCCAGUGA